ACUCGACUCCAUUGGGGCUUUAAAGCCUGGACGCUAGCUGCAGUCCAUUGCUCAUCACAUGCGGUAAUAAGCUUAUCAGACUGCUCUGCAAAUUGCUCUCCUCCCAUCUGCUUUUACCUUUGUGAUUCCGUUGAUAUAUCAUUUCUCAAUCAAACCCUUCCCUUCCCCACAUCUAAUUUAUUUACACUGCCAUCUGAUUUCACCUGCCCCAUCCAUCCUUUACGUCUGUUCAUCACUUUCUCCAUUCCCCUUUUCCCUUCCUCAUCUUCGAUCUCCUAAUAAAUUGUUUCUGCUGCCCCCUUACUGGGUCACUGCGAAGCGCCCACUGAUCUUAACUCUCUCUUUCUUUCUCUUUCUUUCUCUUUCUCUCUCUCUCUCUCUCUCUCUCUCUCUCUCUCUCUCUCUCUCUCUCUCUCUCUCUCGCUGUGGGUGAGAUUCAUCAAUCAAUGGAGAUAAUUAGAGGCAUAAUAAAAGAAGUUCAGGGCCGGCCCGCUGCGGCCUCCAUGGCUUUGGGGGGUCUCAUGCUGGUGCUGUUCUUCUUGAAGGGAUUCAUCAUGAUCUCAUAUCAAAAGAAGAGAUCUACCAAACUUCCCACUGUUCCAGCCAUUCCAGGGCUGCCCUUCAUAGGGAACUUACUGCAGCUGAAAGAGAAGAAGCCAUACAAAACAUUUACAAAGUGGGCAGAGACAUAUGGGCCAAUCUACUCCAUCAGAGCUGGCGCUUCCACUCUUGUUGUCAUCAACUCCAUCGACGUUGCCAAAGAGGCCAUGGUGACUAGAUUUUCAUCCAUCUCAACUAGAAAGCUAUCAAAUGCAAUUAAGAUCCUUAGUUUUGACAAGUGCAUGGUUGCAAUAAGUGACUACAAUGACUUCCAUAAGAUGGUAAAAAAAUUUAUACUCACAAGUGUUUUGGGACCAAAUGCACAGAAACGACACCGCUGCCACAGAGACACCAUGAUAGAUAACCUCUCAUGCCACUUGCAAGACCACAUACAACGAUUCCCUCUUCAGCCCGUGAAUCUCAGAAAAAUUUUUGAGUUUGAACUUUUUGGACUCGCAUUAAAGGAAGCAGUGGGAAGGGAUGUGGAUUCCGUUUAUGUUGAGGAGAUUGGUGCUACUUUGUCAAGAGAUGAGAUAUUUAAAAUUCUAGUGGAUGACCCAAUGGAGGGUGCAAUUGAGGUGGAUUGGAGAGACUUCUUUCCAUAUCUAAAAUGGGUUCCUAAUAGAAGCAUGGAAGAGAAAAUACGGCGAAUGGAUUUCCGAAGGGUAGCAGUGAUGAAUGCUAUAAUUAGGGAGCAGGAGAAAAGAAUUGCAUCUGGACAGAGAACGGAUUGCUAUCUUGACUUCUUAUUAUCUGAGGCAAAAACACUCACGGAAAAACAGAUUGCCAUAUUGGUUUGGGAAGCAAUCAUUGAGACAUCAGAUACUACUUUGGUCACAACAGAAUGGGCGAUGUAUGAACUUGCUAAGGAUCAAGAUCGACAGGAUCGUCUCCAUCGGGAAAUUCAAAACUUGUGUGGAUCGAAUACGAUUACUGAGGAAAACUUGCCUCAACUUCCGUACCUGGGUGCUGUUUUCCAUGAAACUAUAAGAAAGUAUAGCCCUGCUCCAGUAAUUCCCCUGCGGUAUGCGCAUGAAGAUACUCAACUAGGAGGAUACCAUAUUCCUACUGGAACUGAGAUUGCCAUAAACAUCUAUGGGUGCAACAUGGACAAGCGACACUGGGAAAACCCAGAAGAGUGGAUGCCUGAAAGAUUUCUUGACAAGAAAUAUGACCAGUCGGAUUUGCAUAAGACCAUGGCCUUUGGAGGGGGAAAGAGGGUAUGUGCUGGUGCUCUUCAAGCAAUAACCAUUGCUUGCACUGCAAUUGCUAGAUUCGUGCAAGAGUUUGAGUGGAAACUUGAGGCUGGGGGGGAAGAAAAUGUGAGCACAGUUGGGCUCACGACUCGCAAACUUCACCCACUCCAAGUGAUUCUAAAGCCACGAGACUGAUGGCUUGGCACCGUCUUUUGGAGACAAUCUUGGUUAAUUGUCAUGUAUGCUGGCUAGUGGAACUUCUCUGCAUUGUGUGUUUAGCAUCAUAUUUGAAGGAAAAAUGGCCAAAUUUCAAUAAUCCCCAAGUUGGCUUAUUAUUCCAUUUACCAUGUUUAAGUUCUAUCAGUCUUUGUUUCAUAUAAUUAUAGAGUUAGUGAAAGGGUUUAUUCAUAAUCUUGAAUGAUGCAUAUGGAGUUCAUAUUUUGCAGAA